GUUCUAUACAACAGGGUAGCCCUCAUUUUGUUGUUGCUGCAGUGAAGUCGUUUAUUUUGUCUUCUUUCUGCGAUGGAUCAGAAGCAAAUGCACAAGUUUCUCCUUAUGGGGCCAGGUGGUGCAGGGAAAACCUGUAUGCGUAGUAUUAUUUUCGACAACUACCUUCCCCGUGACGCACUACGUCUGGGAAUCACAAUUUCGUUGGAUCAAAGUCAAGUACACAUUCUGCGUAACCUUUUUCUAAAUUUAUGGGACUGUGGUGGUCAGCAUCGGUAUGUCUCGGAGUACCUCAAUCGUCAAAAGGAAUACAUCUUUCGCUCAGUUGCGGUUAUGCUGUUUGUGUUCGAUAUCAAUAGCAUGAGCCGAGACAGUGGUAGUGCGGGUGAGAGAUUUGUGUCGAGCGCUGCAAACAGUAGUAGUUCUAAUAUGGAUUGGAAGUUACCGGAGAUGCUCGAGUACUUUCAGAUGUCUAUGCGCUAUAUACGACAGUACAGCCCACAAGCUAAGGUUUUUGUGUUCUUACACAAGAUGGAUCUCAUCAACAAAAACAUGCGUGAGCGCAUCUUUGAGAUGCACAAACAGAAGAUACUAAGUAGUAUUGACUCUGACGGAUCUGAUAUACAGUUCUUUGCAACCAGCAUUUGGUUGCCUUCACUGUACUUGGCGUACAGCUCGGUUGUACGCGCCUUGAUCCCGCAUCGUGAAGUACUGAUUGAGACGAUGCGUUCCAUAGCAGUCGCUUGCAAUGCCAUCGAGGUAGCGCUCUACGAGCGUAGCACUUUUUUAUGCUUAGCACACAUUAGCCGUCAUGAUUUAGAUAAGACAUCACACACCCCUGGUUCUGCUGAGCUCCGCACUACAGAGGUAAGUGAUACUAUAAAGCAUUUCAAGUUGAGCUGUAUGAACAACACAGCGAAUCUGUGCGGAUUGCAGAUCGCAACAGGAGAGCUGACAGCAUUGCUGGCUCCAUUCACCGAUUAUACUCAAGUUCUUGUGGUAUCUGAGGAUCCAAGCGUUAAUGUUGUGCAGCACCAACUAAACGUUACUUCUGUGAGGCGACAAUUUCAUCAAUUCUUGAACUCAGACGCACCAUCUGCUGUUGCCAUGCAUGAGGUUCUGUAA